UGAGGUGGUAGGAAAUGCCUCGAGAUUUGUCACGAUCGAGAUCACCUUCGUAUAGGCGAAGGUACUCUCCAUCUCCCGUGGGACAUAGGUCUAGCAGGAGAAGUCGAAGAAACAGAAGCCAGUCUCCAUAUUCUUAUAGCAGAUGGAUAGUUACAUUGUCUAUCUUGGUAUGUGUAUGACUUCUUGCUGUUUGGAGAAUCUUCUGUUUUCAUGAGUUCCAUGAGCACCUUCAUGAUCUGUACACGUAUGGUUGAUGAUAGUAAUGCUAAUGUUGCUCGGUUAUGGCCAAAAAAUUUGUUGAUUAUAUUUUUCAGUUUUUAAGCAUUUGUUAAUGGGCAUCUGACCUCUGAGGAACGUACCUUGAGAAUAGAUAAUUUAUUUAAAAAAAAAAAAGGGUCAGAUAAAUUAUUGGGAGUAGAAGAUUAAGCGUGGUAUGAGAGUGAGAUAGGAUUCAUGCUCUUUAUGAAAAAAAAAUCUUCCUUCCCAUUCUAUGGGAAGUGAGCAGGUGAUGGGUGCCAUUGGGUGUCCUUUUGUUGCUCGAUUGUGACAUUUGCUUCUUCAUGUGAUAAAAGAUGGAGCACACAAAGGUUAUUCUUAACAAUGUAUGAGACGGAAAAGUCGCUCUAUUUCCCCAAGACACCGCAGAAGUCGCUCACCUCUAAGACGUCAUAAAAGUCGUUCACCUACUCCAAGACAUUAUAAAAGGCAAAGGAGUAGAAGUUCCUCCUUGUCUCCUAUUCGUAAAUCUUCAAGUUCAAGUCUUGGGUCGAUAGAGCGCAAAAAUGCAAGUGAAAAAUUGAGAAUAGAAGAAGAAGAGAAAAAAAGGCGACAACAGGAAGCAGAACAGAAAUUGCUAGAAGAAGAGACUGCAAAGAGGGUGGAAGAAGCGAUUCGUAGGAAAGUUGAGGAGAGCUUGUUAUCUAAGGAGAUUAAGCUUGAAAUUCAGAGGCGGUUGGAAGAGGGACGGAAAAGACUUCAUGAUGAAGUUGCAGCUCAACUUGAGAAAGAAAAGGAAGCUGCUAUCAUCGAGGCUAGACAAAGAGAGGAACAAGCUCGAAAAGAGAAGGAAGAGCUGGAAAGGUUGCUGGAGGAGAACCGGAAGAGGGUAGAAGAAGCUCAGAGGAGGGAAGCUUUAGAGCAGCAGCGACGAGAGGAAGAACGUUACAGGGAACUAGAAGAGCUCCAAAGACAAAAAGAAGAGGCUCUGCGAAGAAAGAAACAACAAGAGGAGGAAGAACGGUCAAACCAGUUAAAGUUGUUGGGUAAGAACAAAUCCCGCCCAAAAUUGUCAUUUGCACUGGGCUCGAAGUGAACAUUUGUAGAGGAACAUGGUUUAAUUGGUUUCUUAGUGUAUGUGCUUGGAAUUUAUUCCAUGUUCACAUUUGUAAUUUAUGAAAUUUAUGUUGUUUAAUAAAGAUUUUGGUGUGAUAGAUUUCUUGAUAAA